AUGACGCUUUUUUUGUUGCAGAGUACCAAUGUAGUGAACACUUGGAGUCCGCAAGGUGAACUGCCCUUGGAAUUAGCAUUGCGAGCUCGAAACUCCAGUAUAGCGACGACCUUGGUGGAACAUGGGGCUGACGUGAAUGCCAAGGAUUCGGAAGGGGAUGUCCUGAUACACAGAGCUAUCAAGAAAGAAUAUGCAUUCGGGGCAUUGUUCUUGUUGAAGCAUAACUGCGAUGUGUCGAGCACCACAAGAAGUGAAAAUGAUACACCAUUACACCUGUUAGCUGGAGCUAAUAAUAUAGAAGACUGUGAACUCAUAGCUGAAAAUUUAAUAAAUACAAACGUAAACGUCAAUUGCCAGAACAGACAAGGACACUCCGCCCUUCAUAUCGCAAUUGAGGCUGACAACCGACCGAUAUUCGACAUUCUGCUAAAACAAGACUACAUCAACGUCAACCAAAGAACAGAAGAUGAACAUACGCCGCUGUAUUAUGCUCUACUGAAAUAUGAGGCUGGUGAUGAUGACUCACGUGAUUCGUACGCAGCUAGGCUAUUGGCGACAGGAGCUCAUCCAAAUCCGGUCUAUUCGGCCAACAACAGUAGUCUAUUGCAGGUGCUUAUUUUAAAUGGCGCUGAAAACGCAGCUCUGUUUUUGAGCACACAUAUGGACAACUUAGACCAUGUUAAUAAUGAAGGUGAAACAGCUCUCCAUCUAGCUUGUUCCAAAGGGUACCAUAAACUAGUCGCGUCGUUGCUCAAACAUGGAGCUAAUCCUAAUCUACUAACAAAUGAAAGUAGACAGCCAGCACUGCAUUAUGCUGUUAAAGCAAACUCCGAACAGUGCAUCAACUGUAUCAUUGAAUUCAACGAACAAAAUGAAAAUGCUGAUGACCCAGAUAGAAUGCAACCUAAGAUACCUUGCAACUUCAACAUUAGAGACACUAAUGGAGAUACACCCAUUAGUUUAGCACUGAAUGAAGGAUACAAUCAUCUUAUACCAGUUUUGAUCAAGGGUAAAGCGGAUGUUAACGUGCGAAACGGCAAGGAUUUUACGUUACUUCAUCAAGCUAUUUUGAAGGAGGAUGCAAAAACUGCAAUAUUUUUGUUGGAUCAAGGAAUCGAUAUAAAUGCGAAAGGUGUUGAUAUGUCAGCUCCGGACCGAUUAGGAAACUGCGCUUUAUGGGCCGCACUAGACUCUGAUAAAGAGGAUAUCGCCAGCAUUCUGACAUUGGUUGAACACAGAGCAAAUGUUAACGCGAGAGACGCAGAAAACAAAACUCCUUUGCAUAUAGCUAUUGAAAAUAGGCAAGACGAUAUAAUUUCGCUAUUGUUAAGUGUACCUGAAAUCGACUUGAGUCUGAGGGACAAAUCCGGACUGAGCCCAUUCGCAACAGCACUGACCUUUAAGAAUAAUAAGGCUGCCGAGGCGAUCCUUGUUAAACUUCCGACUGCUGCUGAUCAGUUUGACGCUAAAGGGCAGAACUUCCUCCACAUCGCGAUCAAAAAAGGCGACACGGAAAGUGCCCUUUUCCUGUUGACCGUCCAAGUAGACGUUAAUUCUAGAGUUCAGGAUGCUAUGUUGACUCCGCCCUUACACUUAGCAGCCAAACACGGUGACGAAACUUUGGUGAGAAGUCUACUACUUGCUGGCGCGAGGCUAGAUGACAGAGAUGCUCAGAAGAGAACCGCUCUUCACGUUGCUGCUGAAGCUGGCAACGUUCCAGCUGUAACAGCUCUCUUAGAGAACCAUGCAGAUUGUGAUGCUGUGGAUGUGAAUCAGGAUAAUGCGUUGCAUAUUGCCGUAAGAGAAGGAAGCAUCAGUGUUGUUCGUGCGUUAUUAACGCAGUCCACAAUAGAUGCGGAAGCUGUGAAUUUAAAGGGAAGAAAUCCGUUGCACGAGCUUUGUAAAUACGGGAAAGAAAAUGCAGCCGCAAUCUGUGAACUUUUCCUGGAGUGCAUGCCAGACUAUCCAAUAAAUAAAUUAGAUGUAAACAUUUAUUUAUUUACAUGUUUAUAA